AUGAGCAACGACGCCAGCUUCAAUGCAUCUAACUCCUGGACCUCGUUUUCGGCGCAUGGAACUAGUUCCAACUCUGCCACUUCGACAGUCCGCUCUCGCAAUAGGCGAUUGAUUCAAUCUCAUGAUGAUAGUGACGAUGAUGGGCUGGGAGCCGGUUACGCAGGUGUGGGAUCACAGCGGUCGCAGCGUUCGGUACGACCCUCACUUUCGAAUGGCGGAGUGUCCUCUUCUGGAACAGCGUCUCCGAUUCCGAGUAAACGACUUCCACGCAUGGCGGGCGGACAGAUGAAUCAGGAAAGGGAAAGUCCGUUGAGAGGAUCGGGUUUUGGAGGUAUGCGGGAGGACACGAGUGGUGGCAAGGCAGCAGGAUUCGCGACGGACUUUCUAGAGUCUCCUUGGUCGUCGUUGCAAGGGUUUGCGUCGAACGUUAUUGGAACUGGAAGUGCAUUGAUCAGUGGAGGAGUUUCAUCGAACGGACAAGGACGGGGCAAGCUGUCUGGCGCAAAGUCGCCUGGAAGAGUCGUGGGCGGCGGUGCACCGAAGGGUCGGCCACAGAUUCCUACCUCAUGGGGCCCGACGGGUUCGAUAAUCGGCGACCCUAACCCGGAUGCACAGAAGGAGAGGCAGGCAUUGGUCCAGGCUAAGAAACGGGAGGCCCUAUUGCAGGCCAAUGGGGAUAAUUUUCCAGAUAUCUGGGGUAAUUACAAACGCAGAGAUUCAGGAGAUGGGUUUGAAAGGUCGACGCCAACUUCAACCCCAGGAAAAGAGGAUGGAGAUGCCUUGGUAUACAUACAUAUCGUUCAGUCAAAUGACACCCUCACUGGAGUUUCGAUCCGCUAUGGUUGCCAGCUGGCGGUGUUGCGGAAGUCGAAUGGCUUCUGGCCUAGUGAUAGUAUACAGUCCAGGAAGACUAUUGUAUUACCGGUCGAGUCAUGCACGCUGAAGGGCCUCCCAGUACCCAGCGACGAGGCACGAAAACACACUGAUGAUGCGAGUGGAGAUAGCCUGGACCAUGGUACUAGCUCUCUCGUACCCGACUCAGAUAUUACGGGUACAUGCGAUUUUGGGAACGGAGUCAACACCUCGCGUCCAGACGGGGACUACUUCAAUUCGCCGAGAACUGAAAACGAAACGGGCAGUGACCCUCCCUGGAAACACCAUAGCUGGGUGAAACUUGAUGGGUUCCCGUCACCUGUCGAGAUCGGUAGACUCCCAAGAAAGUCUUUAGGAUUCUUCCCACGAGCCCGCCGAAAAUCUCAGCUACGUUUAACCCCGUAUAGCGAUAACCCUGGAUCUCUCUCUUCUUCUAUGCAAGAUUCCUUUGUGUCCGAGGUACAUUCCACUCCGCCUCGCGGGCCGCGGGAUUCCACCUCAGCACCAAGGAGUAGUCGUGACGGUUCAACAUCCGGUACUGGAUCUCCGCGUUAUUCAGCUUCUCGCCCCAGAAGGCGACGCAGCAUUGCCUUAUCCGGGCCAGGCGGCGUAGGAACCCUUGAGAACGCUAUAUAUCCCGGUCCACCCAUAGACAAAUUUACCACUUUUGUCAAUUCCCACCUACCGACAUUGACCGUCAAACCUGCAACAACUUAUACAACACCAACCUUAGCAUCCCUACAUAACCAGGAGCGGACUUCAUUCGACUCAGCCGACUCCGCAGUAUUCUCAUCAUCCUCAGCUGCGGGCCUAGAAAACGUCGGCGGGGCAAUUGAAGGUUGGUUUCGAAAGGUUGCGACUCGCGCGAAGGCAGGAAUCAAUGAAAUCCAACAGCAACAGCCCCUUAACCAACAGUUUGCGAAUCUCGGCCUCGCAGGCGCCUCCGGUGACCUUAUUGAGCUGAACGACGCCCCUGAAAUCACAAGGACUCAGCAUUCCCCUACAAUCGUCUUAGAUGGAGCGAGUAGCACACAGGCGACUUCGAGCUCGUUUGCUGAUCCUGCCGUAAUGCGCAGAAGCGCAUAUAAUAACUCAUCAUCCCCCGCGGCUAGUAAUAAGAACAGUCUUCGUGGGAGCCUCCCAUUCGCUGAUGGGGCUGAUAGAUUUAAAGGGGAUUGA